CAGCGUUCAACGUUCCGCACCAAGUGAGUGAUAGUUUUGUACAGGCGUUUCAACAACAACAACAGGAAACGGUCUGCAACAACGGAAAGUGAUUACAUCCGCCGAGAAGGAUUGUUCUAUUGCCCUCCUCCCCAUUCUGAAGUGAAGAUAAUAAGCACAACAGCAAAAAUGUACAUCCUUAAUCGAGUUGUCGAAGCCAUCAACAUGCCACUGUCGCCGAAGUAUCUUCGCGUCACGGCCAUCCUGAUUGCAAUCUAUAAAGUGCUUACAGCACACGUUUUCCUGUUUGUGAUGCUGCUCGGGUUGGCCCAUGCCGAGGAGAUGAGCACCAUCCUGCAGAUGAGCAUUGCGGAACAGAAGUGUGAGUACUUCUGGACGACGAACGAGCAAGGCGAAUCCAUCAACGAAUGGCGCUUCCGAUCUGCGGAAAAGCUCGCUUCCGCGACACUCUGCAUACUGUACAUCGGUACGACGGUGGCCACCAUCUACGUGCUGAGCUGUCUGGGUCUGCUGAUCGGUACGCUGCGCAAUCGGCACGAGUUCUUCAUCCCCUGGAUGGUGGUCGAUUUCUUCGGCACGCUGGCCAUCGGUUCGAUCGUGUUGGCUUGUGGCUGUAAUGAUUCCACCUUCCAGUACGUGGCCAAAUGGGAAUACUGGGGUUUCUGCGUGAUUAUGCUCGUAUUCAACGCCACCGUUUGGGGUGUGAUUCGUUUGUUCUACAAAAACCUGGUGCACAUGACGAAACUGCGCGAGGUAGCAAUUGUGGCGAUUCCGUGCCCUGCUGCACCGGUGUCCGGUACCGCCGGACCCGAUACGGCCACCUGUCCCUCGAGCAAGGGCAAGACCGGAGUGGCCGCGGCGGCACCACCGUACCACUAUCGGAAGGAAAACAUGCACCUGAGCGACGGUGGACUGAAGCACAUACUCUUCGAUGCCAAUGAGGCCAACUAUCUGGUUUAAGCUGCAGGCUGACCGGGUUGGAGACUGGAGGAUGGUUUGUGUGAUUUGGCCCUGAUGCGGUCCCCCGUUGCUCUAGUGCUUGCCAGAGCCGCCCAUUCUCAUCCAACAACUUUAGUGUUAACCGCCUGGACGUCCAUUGAUCCGGCCCUCGCCCUUUAGGUGGAUCAUGCUUCCUCGUUGAAUCUUUCCAUUUUGUGCUUUGUCGUAGUGUUUAACUGUGCUGACCACCCUUUGGUGGGCGGUAGAAGCUUAGGCGUGCUGGAGGGCCUCGAACCCCCGAGCACCCGAACUGGACUGGACUGGAGAAUACAACAUACUGUUUGCAUUUGGAUAUUUGGCGUUAGCUAACACGGCAGCAGAAACAAACGCACUAACGCGUCACGUGACGUACAGUGCAUGUAGCAUUUGUUGUUUGGACUAUGUAGUAGUAAAAUAAAAUACCGAUCACUGUA